CGCUCCCUGGAGAAAGAACCCUGUCUCCAGGCAGCUGGACCAAGGGAGCCCGCCUUAGGCACCGGAGGGCCCAUCCUGACCAUGGUCCCUGUGCGGCUGUUGCUGUUUGGCCUCUCUGUAGCCCAGGUUUUCCCCAAGGUCCAGCCUGCAGAACUGUAUGUGGAAGUCCCGGAAAACUAUGGUGGAAAUUUCCCCUUGUACCUGAUCAAGCUGCCACUGCCCUCUGAGGAGACUGAGGGCGAGAUUGUGCUGUCAGGGACCCCAAGUGUGGCAGCUGAGGGCCCCUUUGCUGUGGAUCCAGAGUCUGGCUUCUUGCUGGUGACCAGAGCCCUGGACCGAGAGGAACAAGCGGAGUACCGGCUACAGGUCACCCUGGAGACCGAGGAUGCACGGGUCUUGUGGGGCCCGCAGCCUGUGCUUGUGCGUGUGAAGGAUGAGAAUGACCACGUGCCCCACUUCUCUCAGUCCAUCUACAGAGUUCAGCUGAGCCAGGGCACCCGGCCCGGCAUCCCCUUCCUAUUCCUUGAGGCUUUGGACGAGGAUGAGCCAGGCACAGCCAAUUCAGAUCUCCGAUUCUACAUCCUGAACCAGGCCCCAGCCCAGCCUUCCCCAGACAUGUUCCAGCUGGAGCCUCGGCUGGGGGCUCUGGCCCUCAGCCCUGAGGGAAGCAUCAGCCUAGACCAGGCUGCGGAAGGGCUCUACCAGCUGUUGGUACAGGUCAAGGACAUGGGUGACCAGGCUUCGGGCCACCAGGCCACAGCCACUGUAGACGUCUCCAUAGUAGAGAACACCUGGGUGCCCCUAGAUCCUGUCCAGCUGGCAGAGAAUCUCAAAGUUCCAUACCCACACCACAUGGCCCAGGUACGCUGGAGUGGGGGAGAUAUACAUUAUCACCUGGAGAGCCAGCCCCCUGGACCCUUUGAUGUGGAUGCAGAGGGGAAACUCUACGUGACCCAGGAGCUGGACCGAGAAGCUCAGGCUGAGUACCUGCUCCAGGUGCAGGCUUGGAAUACCCGCGGUGAGGACUACACAGAACCUCUGGAGCUGCGUGUGGUAGUGAUGGAUGAGAACGACAAUGCGCCUGUCUGCCCCCUACAUGACUCCCCAGUCAGCAUUCCUGAGCUCAGCCCCCCAGGCACCGAGGUGACUAGGCUGUUGGCAGAGGACAUGGAUGCCCCUGGUUCUCCCAAUUCGCACAUUGUGUAUCAGCUGUUGAGCCCUGAGCCUGAGGAGGGAGCAGACGGAAGAGCGUUUGAGCUGGACUUCACCUCAGGCAGUGUGACACUGGGGGAUGCCCCACUCCGAGCUGGCCAGAACAUCCUGCUUCAGGUGAUGGCUGCUGACCGAGGAGGAGCUGAGGGCGGCCUCAGCAGCACAUGUGAGGUCGCUGUCACAAUCACAGACAUCAAUGACCAUGCCCCCGAGUUCAUCGUCUCCCAGAUUGAGCCUGUAAGCCUCCCUGAGAACGCAGAGCCAGGGACUCUGGUGGCCACGCUCAUGGCCACUGAUGCUGACCUUGAGCCUGCCUUCCGCCUCAUGGACUUUGCCAUUGAGGCGGGGGAUGUGGAGGGGACCUUUGGCCUGGAUUGGGAACCAGACUCCAGUCAUGUCCAACUCCGACUCCUCAAGAACCUCAGCUAUGAGGCAGCUUCAAGCCACAAGCUGGUGGUAGUGGUUCGGAGCGUGACAGAAUUGGUGGGGCCAGGCCCAGGCCCUGGAGCCACAGCCACAGUGACUGUGUUGGUGGAAAAGCUGGUGCCACCCCCCAAGUUGGACCAGGAGAGCUACGAGGCCAGCAUUCCAGUCAGCACCCCAGCUGGCUCCCUGCUGCUGACCGUCCAACCCUCAGACCCCGGAAGCAGUCCCCUCAGGUUCUCCCUGGUCAAUGACUCAGAGGGCUGGCUCUGCAUUAAGGAGGUCUCUGGGGAGGUGCACACAGCCCGGCCCCUGCAAGGCGCCCAGCCUGGGGACAUGUACAGAGUGCUCGUGGAGGCCCAGUAUGAAGAUGAGCCGACACUGAGCACCUCUGCAACCCUCGUGAUCUACUUUCUGAAGGCCCCGGCUGCUUGGGCCCCCACCCUGCACCCCGUACCCGCCCGACACCUCUGCACACCCCGCCAGGACCAUGGCGUGGUUAUCAGUGGACCCGGCGAGGACCCUGGCCUGGCUGGGGGGCAUGGCCCCUACAGCUUUGCCCUGGGCCCCAACCCUACAGUACAGCGGGAUUGGCACCUCCAGGCUCUCAACGGUUCCCAUGCCUACCUCACCCUGGCCCUGCAUUGGGUGGAGCCACGUGAGCACGCAGUGCCCGUAGUCGUCAGCCACAAUGCCCGGACGUGGCAGCUCUGGAUCCGAGUGAUUGUGUGUCGCUGCAACGUGGAGGGGCAGUGCAUGCGCAAGGUGGGCCGCAUGAAGGGCAUGCCCACGAAGCUGUCGGCAGUGGGCAUCCUCGUGGGCACCUUGAUGGCAAUAGGCAUCUUCCUUAUCCUCAUCUUCACUCACUUGACCCUGGCGAGGAAGAAGGACCUAGAUCAGCCAGUGGACAGCGUGCCCCUGAAGGCAGCGGUUUGAAUGGUCCAGGCAGCCCCAACUGGGAGCUUGGCCUCUACCUCCAUCUGAGUCCCCCGGGAGAGGGCCCAGCGCUGCCGAUCACCGGGAGCUAGGACAGAGUAGGAGCCCCUUGACCUGCCCUCGGGUGGAAUCAACAGCACCAGACAAGUCUGUAGAGCCGGAACACUGACUUUAUGGGCUGCGCAUGGGAGUGCUCCAAAUGGGGCCACGUUUGUCCACUAAUAAAGCCUCAGAGAGCAGGGCGUGGGCUGUGCCUGCAUCUCAG